UAUGAGAUGAAAGAAAGAAAGUUCAAAAGCUAGGGGUUUAGAACAGAGAUAACGAAAUCCAGAUGGAGUAAGUGUGACAAUAGCUAAAAAACAAAAUCAGUGAUCAUUUGGUGUAAAAAUAGCAAAUAUUUUAAUCUCUAGAACCAAACCUAGUGGAACUAUAAUUUUUAUAAAAAACAAUAAAAAAAAAAAAGUUAAAGCCUCUCGCUUUCUACUUGGCUGUUUCAUCAUCUUCCUCCUUCUCUCCAAAAGACAACAGUCAACACAAAUUCAUAGCCCCACCAAGAAAAAAAAAAGUUUCCCAGAAUCCUCUUCUGAAUUUUUUUUUCCUACAUAAAAUAGGAAAAUCACAGAUCAAAACGGGGUUUAUUGGUGGUUUAUAAGUAAAACAUCAGUACAAGUUUGUUUGUUAGUUUAUUCCAUUUUCUUGCAUAAUUUAUAAUUUUAUUAAGCAAUGGAGCCCCACCAGAACGACAUAGACCAUCAUCAUAAUCAAACCACUGGUUCAGCCCAGCUGGUUCCAUUCAUGGGACCCAACUCUGGUUCAAUCUCAGCAACCACUACCACCACAACAAACGCAGUCUCCACCAUCUCCGCCCCAAAAACCAUCGUGAAGCGGCCGUCAAAAGACCGUCACAUAAAAGUGGACGGACGUGGCCGGAGAAUACGUAUGCCGGCGAUCUGUGCGGCGCGCGUCUUCCAGUUAACACGAGAAUUACAGCACAAAUCCGACGGCGAGACAAUCGAGUGGCUGCUUCAACAGGCUGAGCCGGCGAUCAUCGCCGCCACGGGAACCGGAACCAUACCGGCUAAUUUCUCAACUCUCAACGUCUCUCUCCGAAGCACUGGCUCCACUCUCUCAGCUCCACCGUCGAAAUCAGCUCCUCUUGCUUUCCUAUACGACGGGACCCACAACAACACAUCCUCUGAUGAUCCGAGGAAGUUCAUCGGAAGGACAGCGGCUCAAAACGCUGCCGUUUUUGGUUUCCAGCAACAGCUGUACCCUCCUCAACACAUCAUGAAUGAGUCUAAUCCUCUCACUAAAUCAUUCCGUGAAGAAGCUCUCUUCAAAGAUCCUAAUUUACUCGAUCAAGAACCCGGUUCAAGCUCGCCUAAACCUGAAUCUGAAGCUCCUGAUCAAGAAUCCGAUUUAACCCGGUCGAGAACACAGAACAUGAUACCGCCGAUGUGGGCGGUGGCGGCGCCAACACCAGCUUCUACAAACGCUGGUAGUGCGUUUUGGAUGUUACCGGUCGGAGGAAGAGGAGGAGGUUCGGCCAUCACACAGGAUCCGUCGCAGCAUAUGUGGGCGUUUAAUCCGGGUCAUUACCCGAGUCGAAUCGGGUCGGUACAGCUAGGGUCUAUGUUAGUACAACAAACAGUGGGAGGUCAACAAGUAGGGUUAGGUGUUGCGGAAAGUAACAAUUUAGGGCUAUUUUCCGGAGGAGGAGGAGGAGAUGGUGGUUACGGAGGUGGAGGCGGAAGCGGUGGUUGUGUUGGCCUCGGGAUGAGCCUCAAGCAAAAAGCUCAACGGCAUCAACAGCAUCAAGUGAGUGACACUACUGAAGACCAAAACCCUACUAUUGCUGGUUCUCCUUGAAGUGUGACGUCAUAAUUUGUCUACUCUCAUUUUUAGUAAUUUUUUGUUGUUUUUGAAAAGUGUGAAGGUGUGUGAUUUAUUGCAACUUUUGUCGAGGAUUCCGAUGUUAAUAUGGUUUUUAGUUUUGGUUUUUGGGAUUGCCAAAUUGUUUAUUUAAGAAAAAGAUGGAUUAUUUUUGCUU